AUGGAGAACAAGACAGAAAUGACCUACUUCAUCCUGCUGGGACUGACCAAGGACCCACGUCUGCAGCUUCCUCUCUUUGUGACCUUGCUCCUCAUCUACACCAUCACUCUGGUUGGGAACCUGGGGAUGAUCCUGUUGAUUCUCCUGGACUCCCGUCUCCACACUCCCAUGUACUUUUUCCUGGGUAACCUGUCUCUGGUGGACUUGUGCUACCCUUCAGCUGUCACUCCCACGGUCAUGGCUGGGCUCUUUCUUGGAGAUGAGGUCAUCUCCUACAAUGCUUGUGCUGCUCAGAUGUUCUUUGUUGGAGCCUUUGGUACUGUGGAAAAUUACCUCUUGGCCUCAAUGGCCUAUGACCGCUAUGCAGCAGUGUGCAAGCCCUUGCACUACACCACCACCAUGACCACAAGUGUGUGUGCAUAUCUGGUCAUAGGCUGCUAUUUCUGUGGUUUCCUGAAUGCCUCCAUCUACACUGGGAACACGUUCAGUCUCUCCUUCUGUAUGUCUCACGUGGUCCAUCACUUUUACUGUGAUGUUCCAGCAGUCAUGGUUCUCUCUUGCUCUGAUAGACAUGUUAGCGAACUGGUUCUUAUUUAUGUCGCCAGCUUUAAUAUCUUUUUUGCUCUCUUAGUUAUCUUUAUAUCCUACAUAUUCAUUUUUAUCACCAUCCUAAAGAUGCGCUCAGGUGCAGGACUGUCCACCUGUGCCUCCCACUUCACCGCAGUCUCCAUUUUCUAUGGGACUGUUAUCUUCAUGUACUUACAGCCCAGCUCCAGUCACUCCAUGGACAUGGACAAGAUCGCCUCUGUGUUCUACACCAUGAUCAUCCCCAUGCUGAACCCUGUGGUCUACAGCUUCAGGAACACGGAGGUCAAGAGUGCAUUCUCAAAAAUUCUUCUGGAAGGAAAAUAA